AUGGAAAAGAUCACCUUCUACGAGGACCGGAACUACCAGGGACGGUACUAUGAGUGCGACAGUGACUCCAGCGACCUGCACACCUUCCUCAGCCGCUGUAACUCAGUCAGGGUGGAGGGGGGAUUCUGGGUGGUGUACGAGAGGCCCAACUACAUGGGCUUCCAGUACGUGCUGACCCCUGGAGAGUACCCUGACUACCAGCGCUGGAUGGGAUUUAAUGACACCGUCAGGUCCUGUCGCAUCAUUAGGAAUGUGGGCAACUCGUGGAGAAUGAAGCUGUGGGAGAAAUCUAACUUUGAGGGCCAGAGCAUGGAGGUGGCAGACAACAUGCCCUCCUUCCAGGAGCGCUGGCACAGCCGCGAGGUGAACUCCUGCAAGGUGUUCGAAGGCGCCUGGGUUUUCUUUGAGCAUCCCAACUACAGGGGGCGCCAGUACCUGCUGGAGAGGGGAGAGUACAGACGCCACACCGAGUGGGGGGGCAUGCAGGCCAACGUAGGCUCCAUCCGCUGUGUCAAGUAGUGCCGCACGUCACCACCAAGGGUUGAGGAUGUGCAUCAUUGUGUGUAAGAAGUACAAAUAAAGUUGUGUUGAAAAUCUAAAAAACGUCUUUACAAUAUGAGCACAAUAUUCAGGCUUGAGUGACAGA